CUCUUCCGGAGCCGGCGCGCUGCGGGCCGGGCUAACCGCGGCGGCGGGGCGCCAGGUGAGCCAUGUCUUUCCAUUCUGGGCGAGGAUGUCCCCGUGGUCAGGGAGGACCAGGAGCAAGAACUUCAACACAGGCUUACCGCCCUCAGAACCUACGGCAGCUUCACCCACAACAGCCCUCUGUACAAUACCAGUAUGACCAGCAAACUGCCCCUCCAACAACAUAUUCAAAUCCUCCAGCCACUGGCUACAUGCCUCCCAGGCCAGACUUUGUGCCCUAUCCUCCUCCAGUGCCCCCUUCCACGCAAAAUCCCAUCAGCCAGUGUCCCAUGAGGCCACCAUUUCCAAACCACCAGAUGAGGCAGAGCUUCCCAGUGCCUCCAUGCUUCCCUCCCGCUCCUCCACCAGUACCAAAUCCUAGCAACACUCCUGUGCCAGGAGCUCCUGCUGGACAAAGCACCUUUCCUUACAUGAUGCCUCCUCCCACAGUACCACAUCCUCCCCCACCACCAGUCAUACCACAGCAAGUCAACUACCAGCCUGUGUACUCCGCAGGGUAUUCCCAGCAGUCGUUCCCACCGCCUAACUUCAAUAGCUAUCAGCACAACUCUGGCUCCUUUCAGAGCAGCGCUACCAACAGCAGUGGUGGCAGCAGCCAUUUUCGCCACACCAGUCAGUACCAGGGAGAGAAGUCGCAAAGUGACCGACGAUCUCCGGACAGGAGCAAGCACUAUGACGAGCACCGACAUCGUGAACACAGUCACAUCCACAGUGACAGGCAUCGGUCCACUAACCAUGGGGAUCGUCGGGAUCGAGGCCGGAGCCCAGAUAGGAGGAGGCAGGAAAGCAGUCGGCACCGGACAGAUUAUGACAGAGGAAGGAUAUCACCUCACCACAGAAGUUAUGAGCGUAACAGGGAGCGGGAGAGGGAGAGGCAUAGGCACCGUGACAGCAGAAGAUCACCAUCACCCGACAGAUCCUACAAAAAAGAUUACAAGAGAGCAGGAAGCCGGUCUCCAAGCAGGGAGAGAAAGAGACCUCGAUGGGAGGAGGACAGAGAAAGGUGGUCUGAGAACCAGGGCUCCAGCAAAGAGAAAAAUUAUACUGUUAUCAAAGACAAAGAAUCAGAGGAGAAUGCAUCUGAAAAAAAUGAAGAGGAAGAUGAGGAAUUACUUAAGCCAGUCUGGGUUCGCUGUACCCAUUCUGAAAGCUAUUAUUCAAAUGACCCUAUGGAUCAAGUGGGGGACUCUACUGUGGUAGGAACAAGCAAGCUCCGAGAUCUAUAUGAAAAGUUUGACGAGGAGUUAGGAAAGCGACAGGCAAAGGCCAAAGCAGCCAGGCCACCGUGGGAGCCACCAAAGACCAAGCUGGAUGAAGAUUUAGAGAGCUCCAGUGACUCAGACUGUGACUCUGAAGAUGACAGCAGCUGCUCUAGCAGUUCAGAUUCAGACGUUUUUGACGUCAUUGCAGAAAUCAAGCGUAAAAAAGCACACCCUGAUCGUCUCCAUGAAGAACUCUGGUACAAUGAUCCAGGACAGAUGAAUGAUGGACCUUUGUGCAAGUGCAGUGCUAAAGCCCGACGAACAGGAAUAAGACAUGGCAUUUAUCCUGGUGAAGAGCCCAUUAAACCAUGUCGCCCCAUGACCAACAAUGCUGGAAGACUAUACCACUAUCGAAUUACUGUGUCACCUCCCACAAACUUCUUAACAGACAGACCUACUGUGAUUGAAUAUGAUGACCAUGAAUAUAUCUUUGAAGGGUUCUCAAUGUUUGCACAUGCCCCACUAACAAAUAUUCCUCUAUGUAAAGUAAUCAGAUUUAACAUAGACUAUACAAUUCAUUUCAUUGAGGAGAUGAUGCCUGAGAAUUUUUGUGUGAGAGGUCUUGAGCUGUUCUCUUCAUAUCUAUUUAAAGAUAUUUUGGAGCUCUAUGACUGGAAUCUUAAAGGUCCUUCGAUUGAAAAUGAUUCUAUUUGCUGCCCCAGAUUUCACUUUAUGCCACGAUUUGUGAGAUUUCUUCCAGAUGGAGGAAAAGAAGUACUCUCAAUGCAUCAGAUUCUUCUCUACUUGUUACGAUGCAAUAAAGCCCUGGUGCCUGAAGAGGAGAUUGCCAACAUGCUUCAGUGGGAAGAGCUGGAAUGGCAGAAAUACGCAGAAGAAUGCAAAGGGAUGAUCGUUACCAGCCCUGGCAUGAAACCCAGCUCAGUUCGUAUUGAUCAACUGGACCGGGAACAGUUCAAUCCUGAUGUAAUUACUUUCCCCAUUAUUGUCCACUUUGGGAUACGACCUGCUCAACUCAGUUAUGCUGGAGAUCCUCAGUACCAAAAGCUGUGGAAGAGUUAUGUGAAGCUGCGUCACCUGUUGGCUAAUAGUCCCAAAGUCAAACAGGCUGAUAAACAGAAAUUAUCACAAAGAGAGGAAGCGCUGCAGAAAAUUCGUCAGAAGAACACGAUGAGACGUGAAGUGACUGUUGAGUUGAGUAGCCAGGGAUUCUGGAAGACAGGGAUACGCUCUGAUGUCUGCCAGCAUGCGAUGAUGCUUCCUGUCCUCACCCACCAUGUCCGCUACCAUCAGUGCCUGAUGCAUUUGGACAAAUUGAUAGGCUACACUUUUCGAGAUAGAUGCUUACUACAGCUUGCCAUGACUCAUCCAAGCCAUCACUUGAACUUCGGAAUGAAUCCGGAUCAUGCUAGAAAUUCCUUAUCCAACUGUGGGAUCCGACAACCAAAGUAUGGAGAUAGAAAAGUUCACCAUAUGCACAUGAGAAAAAAAGGGAUAAACACGCUGAUAAAUAUUAUGUCCCGUUUGGGACAGGAUGAUCCAGCUCCUUCCAGGAUUAACCACAACGAGCGUUUAGAAUUUCUGGGAGAUGCUGUGGUGGAGUUCUUAACGAGUGUCCACUUGUACUACUUGUUUCCCACUCUGGAGGAAGGAGGAUUAGCUACGUACCGCACUGCCAUAGUACAGAACCAACACCUUGCCAUGUUGGCUAAGAAGCUAGAACUAGAUCGAUUUAUGCUUUACGCUCAUGGUCCAGACCUUUGCAGAGAAUCGGAUCUCCGCCAUGCCAUGGCCAACUGCUUUGAAGCCCUAAUAGGAGCUGUUUAUCUAGAGGGGAGCCUAGAAGAAGCAAAACAAUUGUUUGGACGUUUACUCUUCAAUGACAAGGACCUGCGGGAUGUAUGGCUUAAUUAUCCACUACACCCACUCCAACUGCAGGAGUCCAAUACUGACAGGCAACUCAUUGAGACCUCUCCAGUUCUUCAAAAGCUUACAGAGUUUGAGGAGGCUAUUGGAGUCAUCUUUACUCAUGUUCGGCUUCUAGCACGCGCGUUCACUCUGAGGACAGUGGGCUUUAACCAUCUGACUCUAGGCCACAACCAGAGGAUGGAAUUCCUGGGUGACUCCAUAAUGCAGUUGGUAGCCACAGAGUAUUUAUUCAUACAUUUCCCUGAUCAUCAUGAAGGGCACUUAACGCUGUUGAGAAGUUCUUUGGUGAACAACAGGACACAGGCCAAGGUGGCAGAAGAGUUGGGUAUGCAAGAAUUCGCCAUCACUAAUGACAAGACAAAAAGACCUGUGGCUCUUCGAACUAAGACUUUGGCUGAUCUCUUGGAAUCCUUUAUUGCUGCCCUGUACAUUGACAAAGAUUUGGAGUAUGUUCACACUUUCAUGAAUGUAUGCUUUUUUCCACGGCUAAAGGAGUUUAUUUUAAAUCAAGAUUGGAAUGAUCCUAAAUCCCAGCUUCAGCAGUGCUGCCUGACUCUCCGGACAGAAGGAAAAGAGCCAGAUAUUCCUCUUUACAAGACUUUGCAGACAGUGGGACCGUCUCAUGCCAGGACAUACACAGUAGCUGUUUACUUCAAAGGGGAAAGAAUAGGAUGUGGUAAAGGCCCAAGUAUUCAGCAAGCAGAAAUGGGAGCUGCAAUGGAUGCACUUGAAAAAUAUAACUUUCCCCAGAUGGCCCAUCAGAAACGGUUCAUUGAACGGAAGUACAGACAAGAGUUGAAAGAAAUGAGGUGGGAAAGAGAGCAUCAAGAGAGAGAGCCAGAUGAGACUGAAGAAGCAAGAAAAUAAAAGGGGGGCACAGGAGCAGUGGCAUAUUUACUUACUUAAUAACUCUGACUGUGGCCUGUGGAGACCUAACCUAGUUUCUUGCAGAUGAUGAAUGAAGAGUGCCUGUUGAUAUCAAAUAGAGAACCUAUAAUUAAAAAAUUGUGUGUAUAUAUAGUAUUUCUUUAGUUUCAUUUUAAGUGCAAAAUUUGUUUUGGCUUUUUAAUAAGAUUUGUUUUAAAAUCCUUUUAAUUUUUAUGAAAAGUUGUCAGAUUAUUUUUAUUAUUUUUACUGUCUUGUAUGAAGUAAUAAAGUACUAAUUUCAAAAGCC